AUGUUGGAUAUUGGCAUUCGGCUUAGUGAAAUAUUUGUUAAUAAAACAAUUACGAAAUAUCCCGAGGAAUAUCCAGAAGUGAGUACUGGAGGAUAUUAUCGUCCGAAAAAUUGCAAGUCUAGACAUAAAGUUGCUGUUUUAGUACCGUACAGAGAUCGUAAAAAAGACUUGUUUGUUUAUCUUCAUAAUAUUCAUCCUUUCCUUAUAAGGCAAAAAUUGGAAUAUAGGAUAUUUGUUAUUGAGCAAAAAGGCACAGAUGUUUUCAAUAGAGGCAAACUUUUCAACGCAGGUUUUGUUGAGAUCAAAAAAUAUGGCAUAUGGCGCUGUGUAAUAUUCCAUGAUGUGGAUUUGUUACCGUUGGACGAUAGAAUAUUGUACUCAUGUCCAACAUGGCCAAAACACAUGUGCGCAACAGUUGCGGAAGUUAAGAAACCAAAAUUUCGAUCUCUAUUCGGUGGCGUGUCUUCUAUGGAUGUGCAGCAAUUCCAGCAAGUCAAUGGAUAUUCCAAUUUAUAUUGGGGUUGGGGGGGAGAAGACAACGACUUGUUCUGGAGAAUCCGAGCUGCAGGCUUGCCAAUAGUGAGAAAUCGUAAAGACAUCGCACGAUAUACUACUCUUAAGCAUUCAGUACAAUCGCCAAAUCGUCUACGAUUUGCUCUAUUGUCUUCGACUUAUCAGCGUUAUAAAAGAGAGGGAAUUUCAAAUUUGAAGUAUAAAGUGGAAUCGGUCACGGAGCAACAUCUUCACACCCAUAUAAUUGUUGACAUAAAUCCUGGUAAAGAAAAUACUACAAAAUUGAUAUCGCAAUGGAUUAAAUCACGUUACCUUGAAUAA